AUGGCGCCGUACUUGGAAUCUGCUGUUAAACCUGGCUUCCGCUUGCCUUGGCAGUUGGCCGAGCUGCCUUGUCCUCACAAACCGCAUCCUCUGGCGAGUGAGGUGGAUGACCUUCCCCCUCCACCUCCUUCUAUGGACAGCAGCUUUGAUCAGGGCGUGCCUGACGUCCGGGUCCGCGCCAUCCUGAGCGACUGGGAGAAGAACGAGGCGAAGAGCGAGACGGCGUCAUUCUUUUCCUGGAGGCUGCCGGACGACUUGCCAGACGGCGCUUCCUUGGCACCGAAUCGAGUGCUGCACUCGCGGCAUCGGGUGCAACUGGAAUCCUUCAUGAAGGCUGUUGCCAGAAACCCACGGGGUUUGGAGCGGUUGGUGGACUCUCGCCGCCAUCGGGCAGGAUUCGACAAGACCGCGUCGGACGAGGAGCUGGAGUCAGAGUCAAAACCACGCUGGACGGAGCAG